AUGACAGGUACCUUAGGCGGAAGAGCGGAGCUGAUCACGGCAUGUGAUUACAGGCUGAUGAGCACCAAGGUGGAUACCACGGCUAUUGGGUUUAUUCACGCAAAAAUGGGCAUAGUACCCACGUGGGGCUUGACGGACCGACUGAUGUUGAUUACAGGUCGUCAGAAUACGCUGAACUUGUUGCUGGACAACCGGCCGCUGAGGGCAGCCGAGGUGAUGGACAUUGGCCUGGUGGACGGUACGGCGGCCACUUUGCAAGAUGCCACGGACUGGCUGUCGCGGAAGAACAGACACCACGUGAAUGUGAUCCGAGCCAUCAAGCGGACAUUAUCGUGUCACGGUGACGGAGCCAACCGAAGAGCGGCUACAUUGAUGGAACGCAAAAUAUUCGCGGUGCUGUGGGGAGGGCCAGCCAACCGAAUGACUCUCGAUCAGUAUUUUAGCCGUAGUAAAUAA